CGGCUCUAUCCGCCAUCGAGAGCGUGCUCGCCCGACCACGCCGCCAUCUAUCUUUCUGCGUAUCCGCUAUGGAGACGCUUCUCUCGCACGACCUGCCGCCCUUCGACGGCAUCCCGCUCUCGGACUCGAGCGAUGUGGACGAGGCCGUCCUUGCCAAGCUCGAUGCGCUGCAGCUAUUGCGAUCCCUCAAGCAAGCACAUGCACUUUUGAGGCUCAAAGAGCGAGACCUCAACAUCGCCGCCGAGAUCGGCCAGAAUCUGCUCCAAGCCAACUCGACGCUCAAGCAAGCCUACGAAGACCUGCUCAGCAAGUCCACUGCCUCCCCGCCACCAACCCCGGCCAAGGACAUUCUCCGGGCCUCUCUUGCACAUGUGAAUCCCUUUGAGAAGGCCGAGCAGUAUGCCAAAAUUGCAGCCGCGGCGGCGACCGAGUACGACAGCCUCAAGCUCGCUGACGACUCCAAAGCCUCCCUCCACCCGCCAUCGUUUUCCGAUACCAGCGCCUCCGAGCCGCCGCCGUUGCCUGGAGCAUUCCCCUCGACAGCGCCAGUGUCGCAAGUCAUCGAGACCAGCGACCCAUCCUCGUCGCCACCAUCGCCCGACUCCAAUCGGCUGCUGCGUCCGAUACCGGCCCCGAUUGUCACCCGGCCGAGACUUUCCAAGCCCAAGCCCAGUCGCCAUGUCAAGCAAAAGUCCAGCUCCAGUGCCGCCGCCUUCAAGCGGCUGUCGAGCUCUCCCGAGUUUUCCGAGCGAGUCCGACGGCCCUCGCAGACGGACCUGUCCGAGUACGUCAUCUUUCUCGAAAAGAGCAACACGGACCUGCAGACGCAGCUCCAGGCAACCCUCGACCAACACAAAAAGUCCGAGAUCGACCACCGAGGCCAGGUCGACCAGCUCUUGGGCGACAUUGAGGAUCUCCGGUUCCAGCUCUCCAAGGCCGAGGAUCUCACGGUCAUGCUCGAGUCCGACCGCUCGCGGCUCGUCAGCGAGAAGAUGGCACGGCUCCGAGAGUCGGCUUCGAUCGAGCAGCUCGAUGCCUCCCGCAUCGACACUCUCUCCAGCACAGUCAAGGACCUUCAGACGGCCAACUCCAAACUCGAGCGUGCCAAGCGGGAGGAGGAGCGCAGAGUCCAGCAGCUCAAGGCCGAGCUCGACCAGGUCAAGAACAGCGACCUCGACAAUAUCAAGCGCGAGCGACAGACCUACAAGGAGCUGAGCGAAAAGCAGGCCCUCCACAUUGCCGAGCUGACGCUGCAGCUCUUUGAGCACCAGGCCCGGAACCAGGCCCUCGCUGAGGAGAUUGCGGAGCUCAGUCUGCGGGUGGUGCCUCCGUCCCCCGUGGUGUCGUCCCCGGCUCUGUCGCUCAUUUCCAUGGCCUCGCGCGAGUCGCUGUUGGUUUCCGAGACCCAGCGCCGUGGCGGCCCCCGUCCAUCCAGCGACUUGGAUUCUGGUCGAUUGAGGGAUCAGGCAUCGAGCCCACCCGUUUGCACGCCAACCGAGCCCUCGGAGCCCCUCAAGGCCAAGCGGUCGUCGCCAAAACUGAAAACGCUGCUCACGACAACAUUUAAGCCUCCGGGGAGCGCACCACCUGUCCAGGUCCAUACUGAUAUCACCAACAUUCCGUCGCUUGUGUCGAUGGAUCGGCAGCGCUCGCUGCUCGAGGAGCUCGAUGACGCAACCAAGACAUCGUUCCAGCGGGUGGCCAUCCCCAUCAAGAGCCAGCAGAUGGGCGUUGUCGAUCUCUCGGGCGACGAGGACGAGUAUGUCGAGGCCGAAGAAGGCUACGACCAGGAGGAGCUUGCCCACGAGGCCGACCGAGAGGACUUUGACUCGAGGGACGAGCUGGGCCAUGACUACGGCUCGGAUCCAGACAGCGACGACGAUGACGAUGAUGCCGAGUGCUACGAUGCACUGAUGUCGCCCACGCGAACUGUGGGGCCUCUGUUGCUGCACAACGCAUCGCAUCGGUUUGGCCUGGCCCCGACCCAGCGACCGUCGAGCACUCCUACGGUCGAUCAAGUAGCGCGCACGCUGCUGCCGCCCGACUCGGACGAGUCGCUGGCGAGACCCCUCCGGACGCAGCCCACCAGUCCAUUCGACGCCUCGGCGAUGAUCCAGCAGCAGCCCGGACAGGCGGCGCGCAUUUUGUUUGAGCGAUACCAACUCGUCGGAUUCGGCUCGGUGAAGACGGGCAUGAUUGUGAAGGUUUUGAUGGACUCGUGGAUCCGGUUCUUGUACAGUCUCGUGGGAGGCAAAUGAUCUGCGAUUGUAGUCCGUGAUGAUGGAGGGCUGUGGCUCUGCCGGGGCGAGUUCCAGCAAGGACGUAUCUCCCAAACGCCCCUCCGCCCCGAUGCGGGCACUGGCUCUGGUGGUCAAGCAAUAUUGGCCAAGAACCUUGGCCAGCGAUCUGGUCAGUAUCGCGAUCUCAUAGAAUUCUCGCAACACACCUUUUCUUUGUCUUUGGCAUGCGCCGAUGACGCACUUGCUGCAUGUGUCCCCUGCAUGUCUCGGCGUUCACGCCUCUCUUGGAUGCGUAUUUGUAUUUGUUGCCUCCUCGGGUCCUGUCUUGCUCGCACUGCACUUCUAUGACCUUGUCAUUCCAACUUUGCUGCUCUCUUGCGGUCGUCGGCAGAGAUCAGUGGCUCUGCACUAUCCUGGAGGACGGACCCACAGUCUGCCCCCUCACCAAUACACCUUUCUAUAACCCUGA